ACCUUGUUCAGAUAAAUAUCCCACAGAGUCCAGUAGCUCUUCAUUCUCCAAGAAGACAAGACCACAACAGGAGGAACAAAGCAAUAUGGUUCCAUCACUUCUUGUAACCACAGGAGGACUCCUGUUUCUUUUCUCCUUCUCAUCAGCACAAACCAGAGGAGACAACAUUGCAGUAUGCACCCCCAGUGACGGUUUUGGAAAGUACUGUCCUACUACAUGUGGUGUGGCUGAUUACAUGCUGAGGUAUAAGUCAAACGUGGACACUGAUUUGGACAACCUGCUGCGGGAACUUGAAACAAUUGCCAAUUUGACCACAGAGGCAGAAGAAACAGUCACAUACAUGAAAGAUUCUGUUACUUCAGCUCAAAAGAGCGCCACACCAGACCCGUUCUUCAAAAAGUCGUCAAGCAUGCUGGAUGAUGUUCUUCGAUUUGAAAAGACCAUCAUCGCACAGGAACAGCAAAUCUUUGAACUACAGAAUUUAAUCUCAUCCAAUGAGAGGAGGAUGGCCGACUUGAAACAACUCUCCAUUCAGCUGCAGCAGAAAUGCAACGAGCCCUGCAAAGACACAGUUGAGAUCCAGACCACCACAGGAACAGACUGCCAGGAUAUUGCAAACAAAGGCGCCACCAUCAGUGGUCUUUACUAUGUGAAGCCAGCGAGAGCCCCUGAGCAGUUCCUGGUCUUUUGUGAGAUUGACAGCUUUGGACGCGGCUUCACAGUAAUACAGAGGAGACGUGAUGGCAGCGUGGACUUCCACAAGGAUUGGAUCCAGUACAAGGAGGGCUUUGGUUAUCUCUCACCAGACGACACCACGGAGUUCUGGCUCGGCAAUGAAAAAAUACAUCUGCUGACUGCCACUUCGACCAUCCCAACCGUGCUGAGGAUAGAACUUGUUGACUGGGAGGGCAACAAGAGGUAUGCAGACUACAACAUGUUCAGGAUUGGAUCAGAGGCUGACAUGUACCGUCUGACAUACGGUUACUACUUUGGCGGCGACGCUGGAGAUGCUUUCGAUGGCUAUGACUUUGGUGACGAUCCCAGCGACAAGUUCUACACGUCUCACAACGGCAUGCAGUUCAGUACCUUCGACAAGGACAACGACAAGUACGACGGCAACUGUGCUAUGCAGGACGGCUCGGGCUGGUGGAUGAACAGGUGUCACGCUGCACAUUUGAACGGCAAAUACUAUCAGGGUGGCAGGUAUACAGAAAAGGAUGCAGGUGAAUUCGGAUAUGACAACGGUAUUAUUUGGGUCACAUGGCACAACCGCUGGUACUCCCUGAAAGAGACCACCAUGAAGCUCAUUCCCCUCAGCCGCAUCACAGCAGGUGGACAGCAGGCUGGGGUGAAACAGUUUGGUGGACUUGGAGAUAGUUAAGAAGUGGUCUAAUAUGCUUGUGGUCUGAUUUGGCUGCAGCUGACAUGUUCAUAACAGGCCUGCAUGGAAAACUUCUGACUGUAUGAUGUGUCUCAAUGCAACAUUCAUUUUUUUGCUGACCUGACCUCACAGGACACAGAUGUUUGCGUUUUCCUAUUCUUUGUCGGUUUUGUUUUGAGCACAAAAUAAAUGUCUUUUCGUAACCAAA